AUGUCGCCGCCUUACCCUGGCCCACGCGCCGUGUGCAUGUCGCCGCCUUACCCUGGCCCACGCGCCGUGUGCAUGUCGCCGCCUUACCCUGGCCCACGCGCCGUGUGCAUGUCGCCGCCUUACCCUGGCCCACGCGCCGUGUGCAUGUCGCCGCCUUACCCUGGCCCACGCGCCGUGUGCAUGUCGCCGCCUUACCCUGGCCCACGCGCCGUGUGCAUGUCGCCGCCUUACCCUGGCCCACGCGCCGUGUGCAUGUCGCCGCCUUACCCUGGCCCACGCGCCGUGUGCAUGUCGCCGCCUUACCCUGGCCCACGCGCCGUGUGCAUGUCGCCGCCUUACCCUGGCCCACGCGCCGUGUGCAUGUCGCCGCCUUACCCUGGCCCACGCGCCGUGUGCAUGUCGCCGCCUUACCCUGGCCCACGCGCCGUGUGCAUGUCGCCGCCUUACCCUGGCCCACGCGCCGUGUGCAUGUCGCCGCCUUACCCUGGCCCACGCGCCGUGUGCAUGUCGCCGCCUUACCCUGGCCCACGCGCCGUGUGCAUGUCGCCGCCUUACCCUGGCCCACGCGCCGUGUGCAUGUCGCCGCCUUACCCUGGCCCACGCGCCGUGUGCAUGUCGCCGCCUUACCCUGGCCCACGCGCCGUGUGCAUGUCGCCGCCUUACCCUGGCCCACGCGCCGUGUGCAUGUCGCCGCCUUACCCUGGCCCACGCGCCGUGUGCAUGUCGCCGCCUUACCCUGGCCCACGCGCCGUGUGCAUGUCGCCGCCUUACCCUGGCCCACGCGCCGUGUGCAUGUCGCCGCCUUACCCUGGCCCACGCGCCGUGUGCAUGUCGCCGCCUUACCCUGGCCCACGCGCCGUGUGCAUGUCGCCGCCUUACCCUGGCCCACGCGCCGUGUGCAUGUCGCCGCCUUACCCUGGCCCACGCGCCGUGUGCAUGUCGCCGCCUUACCCUGGCCCACGCGCCGUGUGCAUGUCGCCGCCUUACCCUGGCCCACGCGCCGUGUGCAUGUCGCCGCCUUACCCUGGCCCACGCGCCGUGUGCAUGUCGCCGCCUUACCCUGGCCCACGCGCCGUGUGCAUGUCGCCGCCUUACCCUGGCCCACGCGCCGUGUGCAUGUCGCCGCCUUACCCUGGCCCACGCGCCGUGUGCAUGUCGCCGCCUUACCCUGGCCCACGCGCCGUGUGCAUGUCGCCGCCUUACCCUGGCCCACGCGCCGUGUGCAUGUCGCCGCCUUACCCUGGCCCACGCGCCGUGUGCAUGUCGCCGCCUUACCCUGGCCCACGCGCCGUGUGCAUGUCGCCGCCUUACCCUGGCCCACGCGCCGUGUGCAUGUCGCCGCCUUACCCUGGCCCACGCGCCGUGUGCAUGUCGCCGCCUUACCCUGGCCCACGCGCCGUGUGCAUGUCGCCGCCUUACCCUGGCCCACGCGCCGUGUGCAUGUCGCCGCCUUACCCUGGCCCACGCGCCGUGUGCAUGUCGCCGCCUUACCCUGGCCCACGCGCCGUGUGCAUGUCGCCGCCUUACCCUGGCCCACGCGCCGUGUGCAUGUCGCCGCCUUACCCUGGCCCACGCGCCGUGUGCAUGUCGCCGCCUUACCCUGGCCCACGCGCCGUGUGCAUGUCGCCGCCUUACCCUGGCCCACGCGCCGUGUGCAUGUCGCCGCCUUACCCUGGCCCACGCGCCGUGUGCAUGUCGCCGCCUUACCCUGGCCCACGCGCCGUGUGCAUGUCGCCGCCUUACCCUGGCCCACGCGCCGUGUGCAUGUCGCCGCCUUACCCUGGCCCACGCGCCGUGUGCAUGUCGCCGCCUUACCCUGGCCCACGCGCCGUGUGCAUGUCGCCGCCUUACCCUGGCCCACGCGCCGUGUGCAUGUCGCCGCCUUACCCUGGCCCACGCGCCGUGUGCAUGUCGCCGCCUUACCCUGGCCCACGCGCCGUGUGCAUGUCGCCGCCUUACCCUGGCCCACGCGCCGUGUGCAUGUCGCCGCCUUACCCUGGCCCACGCGCCGUGUGCAUGUCGCCGCCUUACCCUGGCCCACGCGCCGUGUGCAUGUCGCCGACCCAGGCUGCAUGGGGCCCGCGGCUGAGGAAGUCAGGGCGCCUGGCACAGCCGCCGAGUCGCCGCGGCCAGCGGGGCUGCGAGUUCCAGCCCUACUCGGAGAAUGAGGGGAGCCCGGCCGCGGGCACACCGGCAGCGUCCGCGUUCUCCAGGCCUGCGCGUUGCACCUGGACAGGCCGCGGCUCCGAACGGGCCCCGUGCCAGGGCUUUGCCGAGCACCGCGGCUCUCGUGCUGGCCGCGUCCCUUGCCGGGAGCCGGACGCCGAGCCGACGGAAUUAUUCAUCGAGCUGUCGGCUCCCACGGGGCGUGAAGCUUUUAUGCCGCGGAUGGCGGCCUGGGAGAGUCGUGGGGCCCCAAACGCGGAACCCCGCUGCAGACACCUGCUGCGCUACGUGCAUGAUAACUCUGGAGGGUGCGGGUGCAGCAGCUCCCGGCGGAGGAGGCCCGGCUCCUUCUACGCCGUCCCUGAGACACAUGCAGCCCCGACUGCAGCUGCGGAAGCCUGUGCGGGGCUCGGGGCCACCACCCCUCCAGGCAUCCGUCCCCAGAUGCUCGGAGCCCGUGUUUUGAGGAACGGGCAGCCGGAGUUUGGCAGCAAAGCCCCGUCCAUGCAGAUCCGGAUGAAGGGGUGCCCUGCGCCCGUGAGCCCUUUUGAGGGCCUUCUGCGCCCUGACGGGUACUGUGCCCUCAACGUAUUUGACCUGGUGUUUCCCGUGGAGGUCGGACGGGCCAGUGGGCGAUACCGUUAUAUGUUUAAUCUUCUGCUGCUGAACGGCUGGUCGCUGCCA